AUGGCACCAAGACCAGAGAGUUUAAAAAAGGUGAUUGAUGUAUUGGGCGAUUUCAAUCCAUCAGAAGACAAGAUUAAAAAGACGUUGGGAAUUGGAGAAGAUGAGCUAAAGAUGGUCAAAGAAGAGUCUGUCAAUAAUCAAGUCAUCAAAGAAAGACAUCCAAUCAACAAAAGAGAUACUAAAAAGGCUCAAUCGACUCUUGGUUUAAAUUUAUCAAAAGAAAAGUUGAUGGAUGUAUUUGGAGUUGAUGAAGAUACAAUAACAGAAGCAUCGGCUGAAGAGAAUGAAAUACAAGAGAUUAAAAUCAAAAGACUUCGAGAGAAUAUCACUCUGUCCAACAAGAGGGCACUUAAAAAGGCAUUGAUGAUCAUGGGAUGCGACCCUUCAUCAUCAAAGAUCAUGAGAACAUUGGGUAAUUCCAUGGAAUUCACAGAACAACAACCAACAAUAAUAAUAACUCAAUAA